AUGUGGCUUGAUAAUUGGGGCUCUGGUUGGAGGAAUCAGUUUGGCAAUCGUCAUUACAUUUUAUUUGCAAGGUUAUUUUUAGCUUCCGCUACAACGAUUCAAACGAUCACUACUUCAACAAGUACAACCGCUACGUCUGCCACUCCUCAAACAACAACCACUACAACCACGACAGCAACUACAACUACAACCACUGUAACAACUACUACAACUACAACCACUGUAACAACUACUACAACAACAGCUACAACAGCUUCAACUAUACCUGCACCCCUCGCAGUGUGCCCAACUAGCAAUGAUACAGCGAAUAGCUAUCUUUCGCCUGGUGCACUGCUAUUCAGCACAUAUACGGUAAAUAUUGCAUGCACCAGUUACAUUCGGGUAGCAUGGCUUUAUACUGCCCAAUCAGCAAGUGAAACAAUAACCAUCGAUACAUACAAUGUUCCUGCCACUACUUAUAUAGAUGACGUGUCUGUUAUCGAUAUGAACACCUCUCAGGAAUUACUUACUAAUGGUGGAUUUGAAAGCGGAGCAGUAAUUUGGAUUGGCAGCGCUACUAAUGACAUAACAUCAGGCGGAAGCAGCUGCUAUGGCGGCAGCUGGUGUUAUAGUGAUGCCGCAAUCACGCCACAUGGUAAUAUAUCUCAAUCUUUUUCAACAACUGCUGGGCAUACAUUAUCAAUUAGCUUUUAUAUAUCAUGGAGCGGUACUGGUGUUGUUUAUAAUUGCAUUGGAAUAACUCCUUGA